UCAGUCUCCAGCAGCCCCUCUCUUGGCUCCUUGACAUGAGCACCAUAUAAGGCGCAGCGAUCUCCAUAGAAACGUGUCAGUUUCAAUAGUAGUGUCAAAGUUCACUAUAUACAGACAUUCGCGCAGAUCCCCCCGUUUCGGAAACAUUGCUCUGCAAGCUCUUCUUCCUUUCAAGCAUUUUUUGGGAGCCUCUCUCUUCUUUUUCUUCGUGCAUAUUUGUUUUUUUUCUCUCUUCUCCUUUCUGCUGCUGCUGCCGCUGCUGUGAUAUCUUCUUUUUUUUUGUCCUCCGCGUUGCUCCAGCUGGAGGAGGUGAAAGUCUCGCACGGCGUGGACUCUAUCGCUGCAAGAUGACGGUGAAGACGGCGAUGAGCUUUAUUUAAGAAUACAGACGCGCCAAAUCUGCAGUUUUUUUGUGUUGUUUUUUUUUUUUUAUCCCCCUGCGUAUGCGCACGGCUUGGAAAAAAGGAGAAAGGAAUUUAUCCCACCGCAGCACUUUGGAUCGAUCAAGGUUUUUUUUAUUUAUUUUGUAUUAUUUAUUUAAAUCCUCGCUCAUGUGAAUCGUUCUCCCUUUGUGGCUGUUUUCUAUCAAAGUGCAGCUUUUUUCUCCCCCCCUCUCCCCCGUCCCCCACCCACCCAAACCGGACUCGUCUUUUUUCUCCUACAAGAUCGGGGAUUCCUGAAUGGCUCAGUGCGAUUUACCUUCAUGGAACUGGCCUCCCGAUACUUGCAUAUCGUGAUCAGCCGUCCGCCUCUAUUUCGAAUGUAUCAACCCCCCUCCUCCUCUAUGAGAUUCCGCGCACUGAUUUGACUUUGCACCCAUAGUGCAGAAAAAGAGAAUAGAGAGAGAGAAAAAAAAAAGACAGACCAUUUUUCUUCCCAUCCACGCUCCAGACCCAGCAGCGAACAUUUCGCUCUACAGCACUUUCCGUGGCCGAGAUAUGGCAAUGGUAGUCAGCGUCUGGCGAGAUCCGCAGGAAGACGUGGCCGGAGGACCUCCGAGCGGCCCCAACCCAGCAGCGCAGCCGGCGAGGGAGCAGCAGCAGGCGGCGUCGGCGGCGCCGCACACCCCGCAGACCCCCAGCCAGCCGGGACCUCCGUCCACGCCGGGCACGGCCGGCGGGGACAAGGGCAGCCAGAACUCGGGGCAGAGCCAGCAGCAGCACAUCGAGUGCGUGGUGUGCGGGGACAAGUCGAGCGGCAAACAUUACGGCCAGUUCACCUGCGAGGGCUGCAAAAGUUUCUUCAAGCGGAGCGUGCGCAGGAACUUAACCUACUCAUGUCGCGCCAACCGGAACUGUCCCAUCGACCAGCACCACCGGAACCAGUGCCAGUACUGCCGCCUCAAGAAGUGCUUAAAAGUGGGCAUGCGGCGGGAAGCGGUUCAGCGAGGACGAAUGCCUCCAACCCAGCCCAACCCAGGCCAGUACGCGCUGACCAACGGGGACCCCCUCAACGGCCAUUGCUAUCUGUCCGGAUACAUCUCGUUACUGCUGCGGGCCGAGCCCUACCCCACGUCCCGGUACGGGAGCCAGUGCAUGCAGCCCAACAAUAUCAUGGGCAUCGAGAACAUCUGCGAGCUGGCGGCUCGCUUGCUCUUCAGCGCCGUGGAGUGGGCCAGAAACAUCCCUUUCUUUCCCGACCUGCAGAUCACCGACCAGGUGUCCCUUCUCAGGCUGACGUGGAGCGAAUUGUUUGUGCUUAACGCUGCGCAGUGCUCCAUGCCCCUGCAUGUGGCCCCUCUGCUGGCCGCCGCGGGCCUGCACGCCUCGCCCAUGUCCGCGGACCGCGUCGUGGCUUUCAUGGACCACAUCCGGAUCUUCCAGGAGCAAGUGGAGAAGCUCAAGACCCUGCACGUAGACUCUGCAGAGUACAGCUGCCUCAAGGCUAUCGUGCUUUUCACGUCAGACGCCUGCGGCCUUUCGGACGCUGCCCACAUCGAGAGCCUGCAGGAGAAGUCCCAGUGCGCCCUGGAGGAGUACGUGAGGAGCCAGUACCCCAACCAGCCCAGCCGCUUUGGCAAGCUCCUCCUGCGGCUGCCCUCCCUGCGCACCGUGUCCUCGUCGGUAAUCGAGCAGCUCUUCUUCGUCCGCUUGGUAGGUAAAACUCCUAUUGAAACCCUCAUCAGGGACAUGCUAUUAUCCGGGAGCAGCUUCAACUGGCCUUACAUGUCCAUCCAAUGAUCCUUAAAUGACACACAAAUGAAAGAGGGGGGAGGGGGGGGGAGAGGACCAAAAUUCAGCACCCAUCCUCCUCUAUGAAGACUAUAUUAAGACUUUUUCUCACAAGUUUGGAAGACUUUUGCCCCCCCUAUGUGGAGAUGGAAUAUGUACAGAAAAAUAUUGGAACUGGACUUGUGUAAAUCCGCACCCUCAUCUUCAAGAACAAUACUCGUCAUUUUUUGUAAGAUACUAGUCUUUAUUUUCUUUUUUUUCUUUUUUUUUUUUUUGUAUAAAAAAAAAUUACAAAUAAAAAACAUUGUAUUGCGCAGUAAGAAGAAGAAGACGAAGAAAAAAAAAGAAUCAAGACUUAGCGGGAAAAAAAAAAAAAAUGUUUCCAAGCAAUUAUAAGAAUUUGUCCUGUGUCUAUAUGUACCUCUCUCUGUUUUGUAUUUUUUCUGGUUCCAAACCAGGCUUUCUGUGAUUCUAUACUAAUAAUUUUUUGAUAUAACCUUUUUGCUUCUUAUAACGAGUGCGGUAUAUGUUGUCGAAGUUCUCCAAGAAUUAAAAUUGAAGUGAGAAUUAAAAAAAAUAAAAAUAAAAAAGGAAAAAAAAAGGAAAAAAAUAAAAAUGAAAGAAAUUUAGACAAUAAGAAACAAGUCUAAUCGCUAUGACAAUAUCACCACUGAUGGUUGAACUCCCCCCCCAACCCUUGCCCCCCAACACGAUGGACCUGCAGACCACAAACUGACCCCCCCGCCCCCCAGGACAUUUUUACUGAGAGGACAUCUGGGGAAACCCACCUUACAUGCCCCCCUUCCCCCCUCCCCUCCUUCGAGUGCGAUCAUCAGUCAAAGAGGAGAGACAUGAAAAAUCAAAAAAGCACUUUUAAUAUAUCAUUUCAAAAUACAUUUUUUGUGUUUGUUUGGUCUUUUGGACAAAAACAUUGUUUCUUGAAUUUUAUUGGUUGUUGCCUUCUUUUUUUUUUUUUUGCUUAGCCUACUCCAUGAUGCAGCUUUUUUUUCUUUUCUUUUUUUUUUUGCAGAAAGGCUCGGUUGAUGAUGAAGUUGUGUGAUGGUGACUGUACUAUUAAAAGACAAAUAGGCAACGACGUCUCGUUCUCCAGCAUUUUCCCUAUACACUUUUUUUUUUUUUUUUUUUUUUUUUUGUGGUCUUGAAUGCAGCAAGAGGUGUGGAAAAAGCAGCAAAAUAACAUCAUUUUUUUAGUAACGAUGCAAAACACACGAGGUGAUCCUGCAGUCCUGAUCCAAUGCAUGCAUUGAUAUUAAGCCACCAAAAAAAGGGUCUGACCCUAAGCUGCUGCGCAGAUGCGUGAUCAAUGUGGAAAAUGUAUUUUACAGCAUGUAAGCCAGUCGAUAGGGAGGCGGGAGGAGGUGAUGAUGAUGCAUUGUGUGGGGAAAGAAGAGACAAAGAUGGAGUGUGUGUUGUACAUAUGGAAGGUGUGUGUGCGUCCAUAUUGUGGAUUAAAAAAAACAAGGAGUGUGUCAUGAAAGCAGAUACGGUGUGACAUGUGUAGGACAUGUGCCUGUUUGGGUGAUGCAUUCACGGGAGGACACGCGAACGCAUCAUGGUGAAAUGUAUAGUCCCUUUAUAUUAACCCUCUUAAUGUCCAUAAUACGCUUUAUUAUGACUUAUUAGACGGCUUGUGUGUGGUUGCGCAGGUUCAAGCCUAUUGAUGCUGCAGCUUAGCCUGUUUGGGUGAUUUUAUUUUAUUAUCAUUUUUGUUGCAUUAUUGCAUGCGAGAUGUUUGUUUGGCUGGAAAAAAGGGAGCAUGCAUGACAAGAGCCCAUGCAAGGCUGCUCCUUGUCGUUUUUAUGUAGCUGUGCACUAAAUGGUUUGCUGGGUUAUUAAACGCAGCGUACAGCUGCUUGUCUGCAACAUAAUGUAUUCUAAAAUCCCUCCAGAGUAUAACCAUCUUUUAUCCUCUCGCUGAGAGCAGUUUGUUGUACAAUUGUUACACUACGGGCUAUAUAAAGCGAGCUGCAGAUGAAAUAGUGGCAUGUGUUGCUAAUUAACGUUUUUCUAUGGACCACAAAAAAACCCCACCAGGAUUAAAAUGUCAUUGACGGCACCUAUCUGCGACAUUUAAUCGUGUGUUGCCAAUACCAAAAGAUGCAAUGAGAUAAAAUAACGUAUAGAUUAUAAAGCUAUACAUUUUUUUGGUCCAUUUUCAUUCAUCAAACCAUGGAGGAUUCCCAACAUGGGUUUGCUUUUUACGCAAGCAUGCAGCUGGGUGCGAUUUCACGUUUGAGGUGUGUGUCUGAGAGAGGAACAUUUAUUAACCCGACAUGUCAGCGCAGCGUUCCGUCACAUGUCAUUUUUCACAUCACUUUUACGCACGAGUCCUGCGUAAAAAAAAACAAAAAACAAUAACCAAAAAAAAAAACCUUGUGCGCCCAUGACGCACGAAACGACAAAUGAUCCUUUUAUUUUGCAAGAAAAAACAAUUGCAUUUUGCAAAGACAGUCACAUCAACGUGGCGAUAUGUUGACAUUAUAGGCCUUUAAAAAAAAUAUAAAAAUGUGGUCAUUUUGCCACACAAAGGGAUACCCCUAAAAACACGCGUGCGUGUGUUGUUGGGGCCGGGUUGCCACAGCAACCUGGUGAGGCUUUUCUUUCAAUACUGUAUGUAUAUGGGUAUAUUUGACAAAAAAAAAGGGUUAUUUCUUGAUGAUUGCCCGUGCGUAAAAGCGCACACCGGUGUGUGCGCUCUCGUAGAGGGAGCAGCUUGCUGUGUAAGCGGAUCCUUUUGUGUUGAUUUAGAAAGACGCUUGCUGUAUAUAACGUUCAAGGCUGAUAAUAUCAUUGCCUGGCCGGAUAAAUAAAGCGUUGGCCAAAACCAUCGGGUCAGCUAUCGAUCCGCUUUCUCCCCCGUGCACGGGAGGAGGAGGAGGAGGAUGGUGGGACAAAGGGGAGAGAGAGAGAGAGAGAGAGAGAAAGAGAGGUAGAGCCCACUCAUUAGCAUUCCACAGCCAUGGACUAAACGCUGACAACUAACAGAGAUAUCCAGAUCCACACCGCUGCAUGCUUUUGUCCUCUCCCCUCCUCCGGCCCUUCAUUUCUCCCUCUCAUCACAGCCAACUCUCCUUUCUUUUCCUCCUCCCCUUCUAUACGCUUUUUUUUUUCUACCAAUGGGCCCCGUGCACAAGAGCCAGAACCUCCCAGAGUAGCAGAAGAAGA